AUGAAGGGUUUCGACUCUGUAACCGAUCCAAAGAAUAGGUUCUUCCUAUGGACCCUCCUUCUUCUAGUCUCCUUGAUUUGCGCUGCUUAUUUCCUUGGUAAUGCUUUAUCUGAAAACGAAUACAAACAAAGAUUGGCGAGGUGGGGACUCAUUUAUUCAACACCGAUUACAAAAUCAAAUUCAUGCAAGACGCAAUCUCACCGUCCUUCUGGAACUCAUUCGUUGCCUCAAGGAAUUGUUGCUACAACAUCUGACUUGGAAACAAGGCCCUUAUGGGCCUCUGCGGCUCCCAACAAUAAAAAUUCAAACCGCCCAUUGAAUUUGUUGGCUAUUCCAGUAGGAAUUAAGCAGAAACAAGUUGUUGAUAAAAUCGUCAAAAAGUUUCCUUCAACUGAUUUUGUUGUGAUGCUUUUUCAUUAUGAUGGUUUUGUCGAUGGAUGGAAGGAUUUAGCUUGGAGUAGCCAAGCCAUACAUGUGUCUGUUAUAAAUCAAACUAAAUGGUGGUUCGCAAAAAGAUUUUUGCAUCCAGACAUAGUUGCUGACUACAAUUAUAUAUUCCUCUGGGAUGAGGACCUUCUUGUCGAUAAUUUUGAUCCAAAUAGGUAUAUAGAUAUUGUUAAAGAAGAAGGGCUAGAGAUAUCACAGCCUGCACUGGAUCCUGGUAAAUCAGAAAUCUAUCAUCCACUCACAGCUCGUAUACAAGGAUCCAAAGUGCACAGAAGGUAUUAUAAGACCAAAGGUAGCGGAAUGUGUGAUAACAAUAGCAGUGCCCCUCCUUGCGUUGGGUGGGUGGAAAUGAUGGCUCCGGUGUUUUCUAAAAAAUCUUGGCCAUGUGUAUGGCAUAUGAUCCAGAAUGACUUAAUCCACGCCUGGGGAUUGGAUAGACAGUUCGGCUACUGUGCACAGGGCGAUAGAAUGAAAAACAUCGGUGUGGUGGAUGCUGAGUACAUAGUUCAUCUUGGCCUUCCCACUCUUGGGGGAUCUAAUGGCAAUGAGACGUCAGCAAAUUCCCAUAGAGAUGAAAGUGAUAGACCUAAAGUGAGAAUGCAGUCGUACAUUGAAAUGCAGAUAUUUGCGAAAAGAUGGAAAGAUGCAGCAAACAAGGAUCAAUGUUGGAUUGAUCCAUAUCAAGAAUGA